AGCUUAAGAAAAAGGUGAAUUGGGUCAAUACCAAAUCAGCAGUAGGAACAUUGGGAGACAUUUGUAUUCUGAUGAAAUAUCAAUUGUGGCAAGGAACAAGAAAUUACUGCUUAUAUUUAUUAAUAAUUGACGACUAGCAUGCAAUAUGUCGUUUUUCAUGUCAAGAAGAAAAUGGAAACAAUUGUUUCGACAGCCAAUGAGUAAUCGUAUAUUCCUGCUGAUGGCAGUGUUAUGGAGUCUCUAUAUGCUAAUUUUCCUGAAUCUCCCUGUUCCAAAUAUACCUCUUAACAAUGUUUACCAUCAUGGGAACAAUUUAAAUGAAGCAGAAAAUAUUAAUACAAAACAGGAUGAAACAAUGAAAUUCUUCCUCCAAAGAUUGAAUUCCUUCAAUUCCAAAUACUUAGAAUUUUCUGAUCUGAACCUUGCAGGCCGUUUAUCUGUGAAAGACACUCAACCAAUUCCUGAUGAUAAAAAUAAAAGUUCUGUGAGAAAACAUAUUGAUGAUAUUUCACUUAAAACAGUCACUGAGACUGACCAUAUGAAACAUGAUGUACCAAUUAUGGAUAAUGAAGAGAUGGACAAGUGGUUCUCUAGUAGAGAAACCUACUGCAGGGAUCAGUUACAAUUAUUUGACAACAAUUUUGUUCACAUUUCCAAUGCAACUAUUAAUACAUCCUUGGCAUCAGGAAGAAAGGGUGGUGAAAAAAUCAAUAGUGUGUUUAAUCAGGCGGAAAUUAAAGAAUACUAUACAAUGAAGCCAGGAUUUUUUCAGCUUAAAUGCAAUGAACACGUUCCCAAUUAUAGAUUCGAUGGUAUAAAAAAUCACUUAUCUUUGUGGUUGCAGGCUUUGGAAAUGGUCCCAGUGUUACCAGGAGCUGAACAAACAGUACGAGAUUUCACGAUUGCUAUAACACGCUAUGAGUACGCUAACCUUUAUCAUACCAUGACAGACUACUACAAUGCUUUCCUUUUAAUGAAGUUCUUUAAUCAUUCCCCAGGAGAGACAAAUAUUCUCUUUAUUGAUGGCCACCCUAAUGGGGCUCUAGAUCCAGUUUGGAAAACACUUUUUAACUCUUCAGACUAUAUAGGAAGAAAGACUAAGGUAGUCAAGUAUACAAAUCUUGCAUGGGGUAUUCUGGGUUAUUCCAGUCCUAUGCAUAAACACAGCAGGAAGAACAUCCCAUAUAUUGAAGAUUUCAGUCAGUUCUUCCUCAAACGUUAUAACAUUAGCAAUGACAAAAAACUCAACUGUGACAAUCUGACAAUUUCAUUCAUAUGGCGACGGGACUAUCUUGCUCAUCCCAGAAACCCCACAGGAUUUGUCACCAGAAAAAUAAAAAAUGAAAAAGAACUGCUGAAUGUUACACAUGAGAUGUAUCCUAGGUUCACAGUAAAAUCCAGUCAAAUAGAUUUACUAUCUAUGAAACAGCAGCUACAAUAUGUGAGCAACAGUGAUAUCCUGGUUGGCAUGCAUGGCGCUGGCCUCACACAUGUACUCUUCCUACCAAAACAUGCAGGUUUAAUUGAGUUUUACCCAACUUACUGGAGUGUGAACAAUGUCCAUUUCCAGACUCUUUCAAAGUGGCGUGGACUGCACAAUAUACUUUGGAAGAAUAAUGAAAUUGCCAAUGAACUGCCAAAUAAAUAUACAUACAUUCCUUUGUCUAUAUUCCAGGUCCAAUUAAAAACAAUGGUAAAUAAACUAUGCCCUGAUACAUGAUAUAUGAAGAACUAUGGGUGGAAAUCCCUGGAUGUGCUAAGUAUUAUUCAGACUUUGUGUUUAUUUUCUUCUCCAAUAUUUAUCUUUCUUUGUAUUGUGAGAAAACACCUUUACAAUUAUAUGUACACACUUUUGGAAAAUUCUUUCUUUUACAGGUAUUUUUCCAUGCACAUGUGUUUAAAGACCUCAUAUAAAGUUUAACCCACUUUGGCUCAUAUUGUAGCCUUAUUGAAUGUUAUCAAAAUGUAAUAUAUGAAGCUUGUUUUAAAUUUCAGUAAGUGGUUUUUGAAGGACUUCUU